AUGGGAGAUAUAGUCGACGAGUUCCAGAAUGCCUUUGUUCCAGGCAGACAAAUGGCGGCGGACAACUGUUUCAUCUCACAUGAAAUUACUAAUUGGGUUAGAAAGAAGAAGAAAGGAAAUAGUUUCGCGGGGAUUCUAAAGGUGGACCUGAGCAAAGCUCACGAUAGGAUCAGAUGGGAAUUUGUUGAAAUAAUGCUGCGAAGGAUGAACUUUCCAGAGAUUUGGGUAACUUGGAUCAUGCAAUGUAUUACCACAGUGUCCUACUCAAUAUUGGUGAAUGGAGAACCAUCAAAAGUGUUUCGCCCUUCAGUUGGUCUCAGACAAGGAGAUCCACUCUCCUCAUAUAUAUUUAUCCUGUGUAUGGAGGUACUUUCGCGAAACCUUUCUAAGAUGCAAAAUAACAAGGAGCUAAAUGGUCUGAAAAUAGCAAGAAAUGCGCCAAAAAUUUCCCACUUGUUUUUCACUGAUGAUGCCCUGUUCUUCUUCAAAGCCAACCCCAAAAAUUGUUGGGCCAUAAAAACCGUUCUCGCUACCUUUUGUGAAAAGUCUGGAGAAAAGAUAAAUUUCGAGAAGUCUCAUGUCAUCUUUAGUCCUAAUACUCCGCCAAAGUUCAAGAAGAUCCUCAGGAAGCCUCUGGGAGUGAAGGAUAAAGAUAAAGUAGGAUCCUAUUUAGGAUGCCUGAUGGAAGUCGAUGGGAGAACCACUUCAGUCUUCAAUGACAUUACUACAAAAACUGCAUACAAAAUACUGACUUGGAAAUUCAGCACCCUCUCCCAAGCUGGUAAGCUUAUCCUCAUCAAUACAAUUCUAACCGCUCUAGCCUCCAGCAUUAUCUCUAUUUACCUACUUCCAGUAAAAACCACUAGAAAUAUCACCUCUUUGCUCUUAAAGUUCUGGUGGUCGUCUUCUAUGGAAAAGAAACCGAUUUAUUGGAGGAAACGUGAACUUCUCGAAAAACAUAAAUUUCUAGGGGGUUUGAGCUUUAGGAAUGUGGCUCAUGUGAACAAAGCUUUGCUUUUUAACCAAGCAUGGCGAAUCCACAAAAACAAAGGUUCUCUCAUCCACAAACUGUAUACGGCCAAGUACAAGAAAGACCCAAUUCAGAUGGUCAUGGAUAAUGAAGAGCCAAAGAAUGGGUCUUACGCCUUCCGCAGCCUUUUCCAAGCUAGCAAAGCGUUCAAGGAAGGUCUCUAUAAGAAACUAGGGAAUGGAAGGUCAAUAAGAAUUGACAAUGACAGAUGGCAUGUGAACAUAUCCCCUAAACCUAAAGUCCCGGAAAUUCAUGAGUCGCGGGAAAGGUAUGUUUGGGUUUCUGACCUGAUUGAUCAGAACAAAAAAUGGAAACCGUCUGUUAUAUGGGACCUCUUCCAUACUCGUGAUGCACGAGAAAUCUUCGCCACCCAUAUCCCUCAUCAGGAGAUUGAGGAUGAGAUCGGGUGGACGCAAACCAAAUCUGGGAAUUAUACAGCAAAAUCCGGGUAUUGGUUCCUCAACGAGGGUCAAAGAGAUCAGGUAACACCUUCGAACUCAUGGACCAGAUUAUGGAAAUCGGAUAUAUUUCCAAAAUGGAAGCUUUUUCUUUGGAAAAUAUUCAAUAAGGCUCUACCAACCACUGAUAACCUCGAGAAGAGGAAAAUCAAUGGUAUCAACAACAUUUGUUGUUUGUGCAAACAGCAAUCAGAAUCCCUCGAACACUUGUUCAGUGACUGCCAUCUCUCGCAAAGAAUUUGGAGUUGCUCUUUGGGAAUUGUGGCAACAAACGGAAAUCACCUGAAUCUCCAAGAAUGGAUCAAAAUUUUUUUGAAUCUAUUCAUAAAGAGGAAGAUAGAAGAAGGUCGAAGAGUAGAAAUUGACUUCAUUGCAACUCUGUGGGGUAUUUGGAUUCAUCGAAAUGAAGUCAUUUUUAAGGGUGAGAAUGCAAACCCGAUGAGAAUAAUGUCUAUAAUCAGGGAACAGUCGAUGAGAGCCAGGAAAAUAAGGAAAGACGAAAAUUCAAAUCACAUCAUAGUUACAAGGAUCUCAGGUAAGGUGGAGGAAGGCUCGAGUUCGUUAGAUUGGACAAUAGGAGACAGAACUACAAGUAAUGUGCAAAUAUUAGUUGUAGAUGGAGCUUGGAAGAAGAAAGCGGGUUCAAAUGAAUGGCAAGCAGCAAUUGCUUGGAAGAAUACAAACAAUGAUCCUACAGAAGAAUCAGCGCAUAAAAUCUUUGCUAACUCCCCAACGCAAACAGAAGCUUAUGCAAUACUCAAGGCGAUUUCAGACAUGGCUUGGAGAACCGCAGGGAUAAUAAUACUUUCGGAUAGUCGAGAGGUCAUACUAGCUCUAAGGAACGAGAAAAGCUCAAAUCAAAACAUAGAUGGCAUCAUUAGAGAUAUUAAGAGAAUAGCAGAAGGGUUCAUGUUUGUUUCUUGUAUUAAAGUUUCUAGGUCAGAAGUAAGAUUAGCUCAUAACCUUGCUACACAAGCAAGGAAAAGCUAA